GAAGCAGAAUCAUCUUUGAACGCAAACUCUUUGGUUUCUGGAGAGGAGAGGGGUCGCAUCCACCAACUCUUACGCACCGAGCUGUCUGCGGAUGUGAGGCAGGAGCGCAGAAAGUCGGCUCGCAUUUUUGAGGGAAUCCAACCAACCAUCAUCCAGCAUGAGUAAUGGAUCCAACCGGACCGCUGACCGGUGUGAGAACGAACCUCCGUUCGCUAUCGAGGUCAUCCGAAAUUUGGACAUCUUUGGCAUUAUCUUGUAUUCUGUCCUCACCUUCAUGGCUACGGUUUCCAUGCUGGUGUUCAUUGAGGAGUGUGUGUACAUUUACAAGAAGGUUCCCGCCAAAAAGAAGAGUGUAAUCAUCUGGGUGAACGGGGCAGCUCCGGUGAUUGGCACCAUGUCCUGCAUAGGAAUGUGGAUCCCCAAAGCCGUGAUGAUUACAGAUAUGACCUCGGCCACCUAUUUUGCCAUUGUGGUGUUUAAGUUCCUGAUUAUGAUGCUGGAGGAGACUGGAGGGGAUGAGGUCUUCCUGAAGUGGGCCAACAAACACAAACUGAAGAUCAGUACGGGGCCCUGCUGCUGUUGCUGCCCCUGUCUCCCACAUGUGGCCGUCACACGGCGCACGCUUUUCCUGCUCAAGCUCGGUUCCUUCCAGUUUGCCCUCCUGAAGCUUAUUUUCACCCUCCUUUCCGUUAUCCUGUGGACCAACAACAAUUUCAACUUGCAAGAUAUCAGCGCUACCGGAGUAGCAAUAUGGAUCAACUUGUUUGUUGGCAUCUCGACAAUCAUUGCUCUGUGGCCUGUAACCAUCAUUUUCAUGCACCUGAAGACCACCUUACGAACACGUAAGAUCAUCCCCAAGUACGCCAUGUACCAGUUGGUGCUGAUCCUGAGCCAGCUGCAAACAGCUAUAAUCAACACCUUGGCCAUGAAUGGAAUUAUCGUCUGCUCUCCACGUUUCUCAGCUCCAGCCAGAGGAUACAUGCUCAGUCAGCAGCUCCUUAUCCUUGAGAUGUUCAUCAUUACUCUGGUCACCCGGCUGCUGUAUCGACGACAGUAUGAACCUCUGCCCGAAGAAGAACCGGGUGACACUGAGACCACCAAGAUGGUAGCAAUACCAGUUUCUGAACAAAGAUCCAAAUCCAAUCAUUUUUCUUUUGAAUUACCUGCUCAGAGUUCAGUUUAACUAUUCGGGCUUUCUUCCCAGGCAUGCUUUUAAAGGAUGUAGAGUGUAAAGUUAAUUGGGUAACUUCAAGCUGCCCGGUACUUUGGACAGUGAAGCCCAGACUAUUACACCUCCACCACUGUGCAUCACAGCUGAAUGAGUAGUUCUUCAGGGAAGAUGUCAUUGAUCUGUACUUUUCGCUGCUAAUAUUUGCAGAUUCUUACAUUGACUAUGGAUCAAGUUUAAAGUAUAUUUCUGAGAAAGAACUAUUCUCUGACAGUAUGUUCACUGAUUAACUGUAUAUUUCCCCCGCUGUUAUGUUAUACUUGUGUGGUUAUAAAUGUUGUUGUUUUUUUUUUUUUUUUCAAAAAAGGGACCUUCACUUUGCAGCAAUUUAAACUCCCAGGAAGUGUGUACCCGGAUGUGAUCAAUGUAUUCGAUUAGGUAAUUUACCUCUUUCAUGUCAGUUUGAGACUGUGCCUCUUGAAACCUUUAACAGCUUUUUAAAAUGAAUGAUGAAACAAGCUGGAAAACAGAAGCCAAAGAUUUGUUGGAGGAGAACUUUGAAGACAGGCUAACAAAUGCCAUUGUCAAUAAAGACGCUUGUAUUUUCGUAUAGGAUUUUUUUUUCCUUGUUUUGUUUGUGUGCUGGUUUUAGUUCUUACUGUGUAGAAACUAAAGGGUAUAGGACUUGGUAUCUCUCAGGUGCAUAUAUAUACAUAUAUACAUAUAUACAUAUAUAUAUAUAUAUAUAUAUAUAUAUAUAUAUAUAUAUAUAUAUAUAUGUCUUGCUUGUCUUUACUAGGUAAAACUGAGUUGCCUGGUUUAGUUCUACCAACUCUAAAUUGAGUGAACCAAAAAAUACACGAAAUAUAUAAAACAUAAAAAUUUUAACAAUUAUUUUGUGAGGUGCAUAAAGUUGCAUGUUGUUUUUUUUUUACAUAUUGUAUGAAAUGUUUCCACUUCGACAUGUGCAGGAUUUUUUUUGAUUGCUUCACAUGGAAUUGGACAUCAAUUGCUGUAAUAAUUCACUGAAUUAACUACUUUAAUUGCCUCUGUUGAAAUGCUGGAAUUCCGUUUGUGUGUAAUUACAUUCAUAUUUCCAUAACUUCUUUAUUUUCUUUUUAUGUGAAUCACAAAUAAAACGGCUUUACCAUUUUU